AGCACAACCAAACAGCUGACCUCGCUUUUAACACGCUUUUUUGUAGUAAACAGUGCACAUUGCAAUAAUUUAUUUGCAGUAAAUCUCAUAAAAUGGUACGAAAACUAAAAUACCAUGAGCAGAAAUUGCUUAAGAAAGUUGACUUCAUCACAUGGAAAGUAGAUAAUGGUGGAAAAGAAACAAAAAUCUUACGGCGCUAUCACAUACGCAAGCCAGCCGAUUAUACCAAAUACAACAAGUUAUCGCGUGAGAUACGCACUUUGUGUGAAAAAAUUGCCAACUUGGAGAAGACGGAUUCUUUCAAAUCCGAAGCGGGUUCAAUGUUGCUACAGAAGCUCUAUGACAUGGGCUUAACGCGCAAUACUAUGGAUUUGUCGGUUGCAAGCACUGUGUCGGCGAGUAGUUUUUGUAGACGUCGUUUACCGGUGGUAAUGGUGAAAAAUCGUCUAUCACAAAAUCUCAAAAAUGCAACAGAUCUCAUUGAGCAAGGACAUAUACGUGUGGGCCCUGAUAUGAUUACCGAUCCGGCAUUUUUAGUAACGCGCAAUUUGGAAGACUUCGUCACAUGGGUGGAUAGCUCCAAGAUUAAGCAGCACGUCUUGAAUUAUAAUGAUGAACGUGAUGACUUCGCUUUAGUUUAAAUUAUUUAAUAUUUUUUUUUUUUUAUGAAAGAUAUUUGUACGACUCCUUUUAAGUAAAUAUAAGUCAU